AUGGAUCAAGACAAUUCUAUAUUUCAACAUGAAUUAGAGGACACCUUUGAUAAUUUACUAGAAUCUAAUUCAGAUUCUAUGUCUAUUAUUCCCUUUGAAUCUUCUUCAACGGCAUAUAAUCUUGAAUAUUUUAUAUCACCCUUCAACGAUGAAUAUUUUAAUUCAUCAUUAUACACUUCAGAAAAUUUAACACUUUCUGAUAAUUCUGCGCAGUCUGCUUUGUCAUUAGAUAAUUUUGAAGAAAUUACUUUAUCUUCAGAUAGUCUAAACUAUUCUGAUUCUUCAAAUAGUACUUCUCUACAAAAUACUAUAAAACAUAAAUCAGUUUUUGUUACAUCGUUCAAUAAAAAACCCAAACCUGGAAAAAGUUGGGUGUGGAAAUAUAUGAAUAAAGAUAAAUUAGUAAAAAAAAUAACAUGUUUAGUUCCAGUUGAACGAAAUAGAAAAAUCGAAAAAUGCGGAGAAUCUUUUGCACUUCUUACUAGUACAAGUACACUAGGUGCUCAUUUACGCACAAUACAUCGCUUAUCAGAAAAUGGAUCAUUGUUACCAUUAUCAGGUAUAUCUAAACAACCAAUCUCUAAAAAGCCUAUUGAGGUAGCUCAAAAAGAUCCUACACAACCCACAUUAUUAGAUACAAUAAAAAAUCGACAUUACCUUCUAAAAAAAAAGAUAGAUUAA